AUGCGUCUCAUCUCUCAGAAUACUAUGUCACAGUAUUCUACUAACUUUCUCUUGCUUCCCAUACCCGAGAAUCCUGUCUUAGACUGUGUGCCCAACAAAAUCAUCAAGCUUGUUGUACUUGGUGGCAGUAACGUUGGCAAGACAGCCCUGGUUGUGCGCUUUCUCACUAAAAGAUUUAUUGGAGACUAUGAGGCCAAUACUGGUGCCUUGUAUUCAAGAAAAUUCACCAUAGACGGAGAGCAGAUCUCCUUACAGGUGCAGGAUACACCCUUUGUCUCAUUGGAGGAUGAUAAUGACAGUAUUUGCUGCCAGGAGCAAAUAAACCGUUCAAUCUACUGGGCUGAUGGUUUUGUAUUCGUUUACUCCAUCACGGACUACGAUAGCUAUCGGGUCAUCCGACCCCUGUACCAGCACAUUCGUAAGAUCCAUCCCAAUGCCAACAUCCCCCUGCUUCUGAUGGCCAACAAAGGGGACCUGCUGCGAGCCAGACAGGUGUCCUCCAGAGAAGGGCUUCAACUGGCCAAUGAGCUGGGUGGCACUUACUGCGAAGUGUCAGCCCGGGAGAACUGUGAGGGGGUGCACGAGGCCUUCCAGCAACUUUGCCAGGAGGUGGGCAGGAUGAUUGGGAGCUGCAAUGGGGAAAAACGGAGAGGGCUCCACCUCAUCCGGCCCAAGUCUCCAAACAUGCAAGACUUAAAGAGACGUUUGAAACAGGCACUGUCUUCCAAAGGGAAAUCUGCCACUACACUUUGA